CGCGGGGCGGGGAGCAGAGCUUCCUCCUGCGAGGGCUGCGCUGCGCUGCCCGAAUUCUCCUUCCGCCGCUGUCUCAGGACUCGGAGGCGAGCCGAGGGGCGGAAGGGCGCCGGAGCCGCGGCCCGCGCGGGCCAUGUCGCUGAGGGGGGAGCCGCUGCAGGCCUCGCCGUCCCCGGCCCUGCAGCCGCCUCCGGGCGCGCCCUCGGGGCAGUCGCUAGCCUCCCUGGCAGGCGCGACCCUCCUCCGCCUUGGGGAGCCGCUGCUGCGGAGGCUCGGCGAGACCUUGGACCGCGCGCCCGAGGGCCGGGGCUGGAGGCGGCUGGCCGAGCUGGCCGGCAGUCGGGGGCGCCUCCGGCUCAGUUGUCUGGACCUGGAGCAGUGUUCUCUUAAGGUGUUGGAGCCUGAAGGAAGCCCAAGCCUGUGUUUACUAAAACUAAUGGGUGAAAAAGGUUGCACGGUAGCGGAAUUGAGCGACUUCCUACAGGCUAUGGAACACACUGAAGUUCUUCAGCUUCUCAGCCCCCCAGGAUUAAAGAUCACUGUAAACCCAGAAUCAAAGGCAGUCUUGGCUGGACAGUUUGUGAAACUGUGUUGCCGGGCAACUGGACAUCCUUUUGUACAAUACCAAUGGUUCAAAAUGAAUAAAGAGAUUCCAUAUGGAAAUGCAUCAGAACUUACUUUUAACACUGUGCAUGUAAAAGAUGCAGGCUUUUAUGUCUGUCGUGUUAAUAAUAAUCUUACCUUUGAAUUCAGCCAGUGGUCACAGCUGGAUGUUUGUGAUGUGACAGAAGUAACAGAAAGCUUCCGGAGAAGUCCGGAUAGCUUGUCUGAAUCCAGGUUGCAAAUUUGUGUUGAACCAAAGUCCCAAAAGCUAAUGCUAGGCAGCACAUUGGUUUUACAGUGUGUUGCUAUUGGAAGCCCUAUUCCUCACUACCAGUGGUUCAAAAAUGAAUCACCAUUACCACAUGAGACAAAAAAGCUAUACAUGGUGCCCUAUGUGGAUUUAGAACAUCAAGGAACCUACUGGUGUCAUGUUUAUAAUGAUCGAGACAGUCAGGAUAGUAAGAAGGUAGAUGUCAUCAUAGGAAGAACAGAUGAGGCAGUGGAGUGCACUGAAGAUGAACUAAAUGAUUUUGGGCAUCCUGAUAAUAAAGAGCAAACAACUGACCAGCCUUUGGCAAAGGACAAAGUUGCUCUUUUGAUAGGAAAUAUGAAUUACUGGGAGCACCCCAAACUUAAAGCUCCUUUGGUGGAUGUGUAUGAAUUGACCAACUUACUAAGACAGCUAGAUUUCAAAGUUGUUUCAUUAUUGGAUCUUACUGAAUAUGAGAUGCGUAAUGCCGUGGAUGAAUUUUUACUGCUUCUAGACAAAGGAGUAUAUGGGUUAUUAUAUUAUGCAGGACAUGGUUAUGAAAACUUUGGAAACAGCUUUAUGGUCCCUGUAGAUGCUCCAAAUCCAUAUAGGUCUGAAAAUUGCCUGUGUGUACAAAAUAUACUGAAAUUGAUGCAAGAAAAAGAAACUGGACUCAAUGUAUUCUUGUUGGAUAUGUGUAGGAAAAGAAAUGAUUAUGAUGACACCAUUCCAAUCUUGGAUGCACUAAAAGUCACUGCCAAUAUUGUGUUUGGAUAUGCCACGUGUCAAGGAGCAGAAGCUUUUGAAAUCCAGCAUUCUGGAUUGGCAAAUGGAAUCUUCAUGAAAUUUUUAAAAGAUAGAUUAUUAGAAGAUAAAAAAAUUACUGUGUUACUGGAUGAAGUUGCAGAAGAUAUGGGUAAAUGUCACCUUACCAAAGGCAAACAAGCUCUAGAGAUUCGAAGCAGUUUGUCUGAGAAGAGAGCACUCACCGAUCCAAUUCAGGGCACAGCUCAUUCUGCAGAAUCUCUAGUGCGCAAUCUACAGUGGGCCAAGGCUCAUGAACUUCCAGAAAGUAUGUGUCUUAAAUUUCAAUGUGGUGUUCAGAUUCAAUUAGGAUUUGCAGCUGAGUUUUCCAACGUCAUGAUAAUCUAUACAAGUAUAGUCCACAAACCACCUGAGAUAAUAAUGUGUGAUGCAUAUGUUACUGAUUUCCCACUUGACCUGGAUAUUGAUCCAAAAGAUGCAAAUAAAGGAACUCCUGAAGAAACUGGCAGCUAUUUAGUAUCAAAGGAUCUUCCCAAGCAUUGCCUGUAUACAAGACUCAGUUCACUGCAAAAAUUAAAGGAACAUCUAAUCUUCACAGUAUGUUUGUCUUAUCAGUACUCAGGACUGGAAGACACUGUGGAGGAGAAGCAGGAAGUGAACGUCGGGAAGCCUCUCAUCGCUAAAUUAGACAUGCAUCGAAGUCUGGGAAGAAAGACUUGCCCUCAUACACGUCUUAUGUCCGAUGGGCCUUACCAUAGCUCCACAUCCACCUUGGGGGGAGCAGGGCACUAUCAUUCAUCUCAGGACUCAUUCCAUGGUGUCUACCAUUCACAUCUUAGUAAUUCAAACAGUGUUAUGCCAUCAGACAGGUGUCAUUGCAGCCGGACUCCUAAUGCAUUUAUUUCAAAUUAUCAUACCCAUCAUUACUCCUGCCACUUCAGUAGAAGUAAUGUGCCAGUCGAGACAACUGAUGAAAUACCAUUCAGUUUCUCUGAUAGGCUCAUGAUUUCUGAAAAGUGACCUUCUUAUUAGAUGCCUCACAUGAAAUAGUGCUUUUUAAAAAGUGAGCAUUGUGAAAAGGCAAGUAUAAUAUAUAUAUACAAAGAAAAUAAGCAACAACUGUUUCAUAGCGGGCUUAGGACUUUAUGAGUUGUUGGAAUUAUAUUAUUUAACCACAGACUUCCUCUUGCUCUUUUUUCUCUUUUAAGACUUUGUGAAAGUGGUUGGUUGGUUCUGUAAGAAUGACGUGUGGGUUUGUGUAUGUACAUGUAUAUAACAAAAAUCUUUUCAUUUUGAUCACUCUGAGUUAGUAGCAGUGGGAAUGGCAUUGUUGUAGAAUAAGUCAUUGUAUAUUUUACACCAGAAGGAAUCCUGUUGAUCAUCAGGCUUAACCUAGUUUUAUCAGUGGGAGAAAAAGAUUAAAGUCUCUUGUGUAAGUUGGAGCUGACAUCAGAACUGAGACUCCAGAAUUCUGUUCCCAUGUUUUCUCUACUCCUGCCUUCCUGACAGCUUCUGAGACAACUGUUACUUUUGUAGAUAGGUUGAAAGACAGGUAGGUAGGUACACAUAUCUGUAUAUUAUCUUGAGCAAUGUAUAAACUUCAGUUAAUAAUCAUAGGACCUUGCUGCAAGUGUCAGUUAAUAUUGUUUGUAAAUAAAUCUUAUGUAGAAAGGA